ACUGCGCAGAUAAAUUAGUCGCAAAUACCAUGCUCAUCCUGGAGGACACAGGGAAGAGACAAUAUCAGGAGUUUGUCAAGAAGGUGCUUGAUGAACGCACACAAUCUAUCCAUGAUCCGAUUAAAAGGAAUUCCUUGGCAGUCUUCAGGCAACCUAGACGCAAGACAAUGUCUAAAGAUGGGAAAAAGAUUAAAGUGCUUCAGAACAACGUGGCACUCUUUGGCCAGCUAUAUGUAGCUAUGCAGAGCCGUGAGAGUAAUUUGGAUGAAUUCUUUACACAUGAGGUGCAGUCCUUCCCUCCAUCUCUCUCAGACUUUGGAAAACUUCAUCUGACAGGCACCAAAUCAGACCUGCUACAAUGUCUUGAGCAGCCAGCACAAUCAGAGCCACCCUCAACCUAUGACUUCAAAGUCCUAGAUGGGGCAGUAAUUGUCCACUGCCUGCCCACUAUUAGAGUGAGCACGUUUGAUGCUUAUGCAAAUGAGGUUUUCAUCCCCUACCUGCAGAAGCAGCUGCAGGAUGCAAAACGAUUGGAUGUUGUAUGGGACACGUACAUCCCUGACAGCUUGAAGGAGUCCACCCGAGAAAAAAGAGGACGUGGUGUUCGCAGGAAAGUGUCAGGCCCGACAAAGUUGCCAGGCAACUGGAUGGACUUUCUUCGCGACCCAAUCAACAAGAAGGAGUUGUUUGAUUUCUUGACAUCCAAGAUCCAAGAGUUCAGCUGGCCACCAACCAAAGCUGUGUAUGUCACAUCGGGGCAAGCGGUGUCAGGACAAGCUUUUGGUUCCACUAGCAUGAUGGACUGUUGCAACCAUGAGGAGGCAGACACAAGGAUAGUGGUCCAUCUACAAUGCGCAUUGAAGGAGGGAGCAAAGACAGUUCUUGUGCGAACUGUGGACACUGAUGUCAUCGUGAUCCUUGCUGGUUUAUUUUAUGAUUUGGUGGUGCUUCAACCAUUGACUGACAUCUGGGUGGCUUUUGGCAUGGGAAAAAGGUUCAGAUAUUACCACAUAAACCACAUCUGCAAAAGCCUGGGGGAACCCAAAUCACAAGGUCUGCUUAUGUUCCACGCAUAUUCAGGUUGUGACACAACAUCUGCAUUUAACGGAAAAGGCAAGAAGUCAGCUUGGAGGGCCUGGCAAGCCUAUGAUGCUGCUACAGAAACAUUUAUGUAUCUGGCAAAGCAUCCAUUCCAGGAACUAAAAGUUGACUCUGAGCAUUUCCAGACACUUGAGAGGCUGACUGUGAUCCUGUACAACAGAUCCAGUCCUUUGAACUCCAUCAGUCAAACAAGGAAGGAACUCUUCUGUCAAGACAGUCGGCCGAUGGAGAGAUUACCUCCCACGCAGGAUGCCCUACUCCAGCAUGUAAAACGGGCUGUGUUUCAGGCAGGAAUCUGGGCAACCAGCACAGACACACAGCAAGUGAUUCCUUCUCCAAAGGACUUUGGAUGGACCAAGGACGAAACAGGGUCAUGGGUUCCAGUUUGGAUAACCAUUCCCGAGGUCUCCAUUGCCUGCAGAGAGCUGAUAAAAUGCUCAUGUAAAGGUGACUGUUCCAGCUGUAAAUGCAGCAAUGCUAAUAUUGACUGUUCUCCACUUUGCAAAUGCAACUGCUGCAAAUAGACACCAGAUUACUUCAUAGUGUAGUAAGAAGAGUCAUCCAGGCCAUUGGUCCUCAGCCCCCAUGCUGAUCAUGUGCACCAGCUGACUUGCCCCUUUAAUUUAUUUUUGGCCUCAAUCAGAGUUCUAACAUUAUAAUUGCAUUAAAGGUUUUAUGGAUAAUACUUCAUGUGCUGGGUCUUGAA